AUGCUCGUGUUCGAUGGUGCCUCUAAUGAUGUGGGUAAUGGUGUUGGUGUUGUUAUUACUUCUCCUACUGGAGUCCACAUUCCGUUCACUGCUCGUAUUUGUUUUGAUUGCAUAAACAAUACAGCGGAGUAUGAGGCUUGCAUUAUGGGACUCGAAUCUACGAUUGACAUGAGGAUCAAGUUUCUUGAAGUGUAUGGGGAUUUUGCACUUGUGAUUUGUCAAUUCAAUGGAGAUUGGGAAACUCGGCACCCAAAUCUUAUCCCCUACAGAGAGCAUGUGAUGAAGUUGAUUCCUUAUUUUGAGGAGAUCACGUUCAGCUACAUCCCAAGAGAAGAGAGCCAUUUGGCUGAUGCUCUAGCUACCUUAGCUUCAAUUUUCAAGGUUAAGUGGGAAAAUGAAGCACCUUCCAUCAUAAUUAUGCGGUUAGAUGAACCGACAUUUUUCUAUGCAACUGAUGAUCACCUUUGA